AUGGCUUGUGAAGGGAUAACAACACCAAGAAUCCUCCAAAAAGAAAGGAGAAAACCAAGCAAUGGGUCAGAGAAGCAGAAGAAUGUAACUUAUAUGUCCAAUCCUGUUAGUGGGGUUACUUUGCAGUUACUGAAUAAAUUCCAGGGCCUCACUGUUGAUGUUUUUAGACUCCUGGAUGAAGAACAACAAGCUUCGGUGAUUAAGAAAAUCUCUGAAGAUUCCGCAAAGGCUCUUGACAAAUAUUUCUUCCUGUUUCUCUGGAAUUGGGUUCCCAGGUUUCUUGCCAAGCCUUCUGCUGUGCAUGUUGACAUUCAAGACAGUGGACCUCGCAGAGCUCAACCCAAUGCAAUUUUAGAAAAAGUGUUUACAUCCAUCACUAAAUGUCCAGAUGCAAGACGAUUAGAAGGUUUGUCAAAACAACUAGAUUGGGAUGUCCGAAAAAUCCAGCGCUGGUUUCGUCACCGGAGGAACCAGGAUAAACCAAACACUUUUACAAAGUUCUGUGAGAGCAUGUGGAGGUUUACAUUUUAUUUAUGUAUUUUUAUAUAUGGACUCAGAUUUCUUUGGUCGUCACCCUGGUUUUGGGAUGUACGACAAUGCUGGUAUAAUUAUCCUUAUCAGGUAUCCAUUUUCUUUAAUAAUAUUUGUAGCAAUGCUAAUGUAGUAAUGCUAAUUUAAUGUUUUUAUAUUGUUUUUAUGGUGUUGUAAAUUGUUGUACUCACAUGAUCGUGAGAUGGGUGACAUAUAAAUUAAAUUAAUACAUAAAUGCUGCUAUAGGAUAAUUUGGUUUAGGUGCUAUGGAGUUUGUGCUGACUAUAAAUACAUUAUUUCCAA